CAGAACAGUUUGCCAAUGUUUGUCUGGUUCAUCCUGUCCACUUCAGAGGUAAGAAGACAUCUACUCUCUGUCCACUGAGUAAUAAUUCACUUAUUCAAAGGAAGUACAAUGGUUCCCCUACUUUUAUCGAUGCUGCUGUCCACAUCGCUGGCUGACCAAGUUUGUCUCAACAUUUCAGAUGGUAACAUGACUAUUACCAUGAAUAAUACCAACAUCCUUGAUGAGGCGCCUGGUUAUGUGAGAUGCCUGAAGGAUACAUUCCCCUGUCUCUUUCAAUGCACGUGCAACGAGACGUUGGACAUUCAUUGCUUUGACGCUAAUGUCACAAUACAUGACACCUGGGUUGACUACAGCAUGACACAAAAAACCAGUUGCAGUGUAUACUUAUGCAAGAACUCUACCAUCUUGCCAAUGAUUCAUUCUCUGGCUAGUCAAGACUCUGAAGCAGGCAUAAUGAAACUCUUCUACAUAAGGGAUUCAUGUCAGGACCUCUUCAGUAGCGACCAUGAAGUCAAGACAGCCUUUAUUAGUGUGGAAAGAAAGAUGAUUCAUAACAUCAUGGGAACAUCCCAGAUUGAGACUGGAGGCUCCAUUAACUAUGAAAUGAAGGGCUUGUCUCUGAAUGUGCUCAACUUCAGUGAGGCUGAGCUCACCAACUCUGAAAUCAAGAUAGAAGCUCCACAGCUGCUGCCUCAGAACACAUCAUUUAUCCCUGACAUUUGGCUGCCUGCAGAUGCCCUACACACCAUCCCAAAGGAGAAGAGGAUUAUUGGUUUGGUCAGCUACAUGCAGCACAGCCAGUUCAAAUUUAAACAGGAAGAAAUCUCAUCAAUGGUCCUCAGAAUCGAGGUACUGGACGAACACGGCCUUCAGGAUCUGGAGACGCCAAUCAAGAUGACUUUCAGAGCUGCUCUUCACACAGCUAUGGAUAAUGACUCAUGGUUACAGUGUCACUAUUUAGAUGAACGUGAUUGGGUCUGGAAAACAGAUGGAUGUGAGACCACCGCUACCCAAACUCGCAUUACUUGCAACUGUAACCAUGCAACACCCUUUGCAGUCCUACUGAUGAGAGGCCCAAUUUCAGAAAUCCACUGGCAAAUCCUGUCGAACAUCAGUUACAUCGGCUGCGGCCUGUCUGCGUUCUUCACUGCUUUGUCCCUUGUGAUAUAUGUCUUUGGUCGAAACCAGAAAAUGGAUUACUCCAUCUCUAUCCAUGUAUCUCUGAGCGGGGCCUUGCUUCUGCUCAAUACAACCUUCCUGCUGACCGAGUGGGGGGCCACGGUAGAGCCAGCCUGGGUGUGUGUGUUUGUCGCCGCUCUCAUGCAUUACUCCUUGCUCUGCUGUUUCACCUGGAUGGCCAUAGAGGCACUUCACCUCUAUCUACUGCUGAUUAAGGUGUUUAACACCUACUUCAAACACUACAUGGUCAAACUGUCUCUGGCUGGAUGGGGAAUCCCUGGUGUAAUCGUGGCAGUCUCUGUGGGAAUGAAGGACUUCAAACAGUUUUAUGGACUUACAGAAAUGACCAUGGCUGAUACUAACCAAACCAACGCCAUCUGCUGGAUCACAGAUGACUCCUACUUCUACUCCUUGAACCUGGUGUAUUUCACCCUUAUAUUCAUUUUCAACUCUGGCAUAUUGUUGGUCGUGGCCUCUAACAUCUGCAAAAUGAAGCAAGUCUUCAGGAGCACUUCAAAGCUUAGAGCAGAGGCUCAGGGAAAGCCUUUGAGAGACUCCGAGAAGUUCGACAAUUCGUGCAGGAGUGGCCUCACCGUGAUGGGUCUUACCUGUCUGAUGGGGACCACCUGGGGCCUGGCCUUCCUGGGCUCAGGAUAUAUCAACUACCCCAUCCUCUACCUCUUCUGCAUCCUCAACUCUGCACAAGGUUUCUUUAUUUUCCUGUGGAUCUGUCUGUCAGCAAAGAAGCAGAGGAAGAGACACAUGGAGGACAGACUGAGUUCAACUCCUGUGAAGACUUCAGCAGUCAAAUUUGAUUAGACCCCGUUUCCUGCCACCAGUCCAGGUGAUCAAGCCCUGAUGUAAUCGUUGAUAGCAUAGCACAGCUGAUUGUGGUGGCACCUGGAUCGUGGCUGCGGCUGCUGCUCGAACGCACACUGCUACUACUACUACUACUACUACUACUACUACUACUACUACUAUACUGUUAUUAUUAGUCAUAGUUCAAUUACCUUUACUAUUACUAAAAUGUAUAUUGCAUAAUGUUCAUUAUCCCAUUCCAUUAUACCCAGUGCUAUAAUGAUUAUGAGUCAUAUUUCUAGACUUAUUAUUAGUUAGAUAGUUGCUGUGCAUCUCUCUCUCUCGCUCUCUCUCUCUCUCUCUCUCUCU